AAAUGACAAUACAAAAGAGGAAAAGAAGAUGAAUCUCUCCUUUACUCUUUCUUUGCCAAAAAGCGGGAAACAUUAUAAUCUUUUGUUUAAGAGAGUCACCAGUGAUUUGAUCACCCCAAGGCUUCCUACUUUUUUUUUUGGGUCUAGGAAAAUGAGUGACCCAUUUGAAGAAGAAAUUGAUGUUCCUCCAUGUAUACUGGAAGCACCUUUGCCAUACUCUGUAGAAACGAUGCUCGAGAAAAUCUGCAGCGAGCAGUGCCAAAAACCACCGGAUGCUGGCAUUAGAAGGAGGCUUGGUUCUAUCGGCGAAAAAGGGUCAUUAGAAAUACUCAAAAUCAUAUCAUCUCGUCCUAUCAAGAAAACUCUCUCUGCUUUUCUUGUUUACUUGAUCGAUCGCUACCCGGAAUGUCUCUCAUCUAGCCCCUUCAGUAGUCCACUCAAACGCACUUCUUCGCCUCUUCUCUUUCCAUCUCCAGAGGGUAAACGUGUACAAGGUGAAAGUUCUUUUAAAGGUGAAAGUCCUUCUAAAUCAAAGCAUGAGAUGGGCUCCUUGGCCUGUGGAAGCCCUCAGAAAGUUGCUCGCCAGUUAUCAUUUCACCAAGAGCCUGAAUCUAAUUGUAGAAGAACCUCACUUAAUGUCAGCCAACAGUUGAUGGUCCUCAAUGAACUUGAAUUCAGAAAAUUGUUUUUGGUACUGAGCUACAUUGGAAGCAAAAAGUUGGAAGAUAUUAUAUCCCCUCAAAUUGCUGAUGAUAUUGUAAGAAAGAAAAAUCUUCCCAUGAUUGAUUUUGAAUCAGAAAUUUGGAAUGCUUUUGGAAAAGUAUGUUAUGCUGAGUCAGAUAGAUCAAAGUACUUAGACUGGAAUUGCAGAAAGACACAUAUCUACUAUUGCCACAUUAAGCAGAAUGGAUACUGUACCUUCAAGGGUCCAUACUUGAACACAACAAGGACUCACUUACAGAGAGCCCUGGGAGAUGACAAUGUACUGAUUGUCAAAUUUGUUGAAGAUACAAGUUGUGCCAAUUUAAUUGUCGAGGAAGGCAUUCUUGUUGGCUUGAGACGUUACCGUUUUUUUGUGUAUAAAGAUGAUAAAGAGAAGAAGAAAAACCCAGCUAUGAUGAAGACAAAAACAGCUUCCUUGAAAUGCUACUUUGUUAGGUUUGAGUCCAUUGAUACUUGCAAUGAUGGAGGAUCCUAUGUAUUUUCUACCAAAAGAAUCAGUCAAGCAAGGUGUCAUUUCAUGCAUGUGCAUAUGGUUUCUAAUAUGGCAAAAUAUGCAGCCAGGCUUUCAUUGAUUCUAUCAAAGACAAUUAAGCUUCAAGUGAAUCUUGCUUCUGUCACCAUUGAAAGAAUUGAAGAUAUACUUUGUCGGGAUGAAAAUGGUUGUAUUAUUCAUGCCGAAGAUGGUGAACCGUGUAUACAUACUGAUGGAACUGGUUUCAUAUCAGAAGAUUUAGCUAUGUAUUGUCCCAAAGAUUUUUCCAAAGCAGAAUCUAUAAAAGAUGAAAAUUAUGAGUUUUUUCAGAAUUUUGUUGAUAUGGUGGACCUUGAUGACGUGAAUGCAGAAAGAAGAGCAAGCGUAUCUUGGAAUAGGGAACCGCCUUUGUUGAUGCAGUGCCGUUUGUUCUUCAACGGUUGUGCUGUGAAGGGAACUUUUCUUGUUAAUAGAAAGAUUGGAUCACGGAAAAUUCAUAUUAGACCCUCAAUGGUGAAGGCUGAGAUAGACUCAACAAUUUCAAGUAUACCAACUUUUAAUUCAUUGGAGAUAGUUUCAAUCAGUCAUAGACCAAAUAAGGCAUAUCUGUCCAAGAAUUUAAUCUCUCUGCUGAGCUACGGAGGAGUCCAGAAAGAAUUCUUUAUGGAGAUUUUGGGAAGUGCUCUGGAAGAGACCAAACAAGUAUAUUUGAGGAAACGUGCAGCUCUAAAAGUUGCUAUCAACUAUAGAGAAAUGGAUGAUGAUUGUCUAACAGCAAGGAUGAUAUCAUCUGGGAUACCUCUCAAUGAACCUCAUCUCCAUGCUCGCUUGUCUAGGCUUGCAAAGAUUGAAAGAACAAAGCUUAGAGGAGGAAAGCUUCCUAUAAGUGACAGUUUUUAUCUUAUGGGAACAGCUGACCCCACUGGUGUACUGGAAAGCAAUGAAGUCUGUGUUAUUCUAGAUAAUGGCCAAGUAUCUGGGCGUGUUUUGGUCUAUAGAAAUCCUGGUCUUCACUUUGGAGAUGUACAUGUGAUGAAAGCACAAUAUGUGGAAGAGCUUGCAGAUGUUGUUGGUGAUGCCAAAUAUGGCAUAUUUUUUUCAACUAAAGGUCCAAGGUCAGCUGCCACUGAGAUUGCCAAUGGUGACUUUGAUGGUGAUAUGUAUUGGGUUUCCAUAAACCGUAAGGUAGUAGAUUCUUAUACAACAAGUAGACCAUGGAGUCGCAUGCAUUCAACUCCUAAGGCAAUCAGCAAAAAGCCUAGUGAAUUUUCAGCUGAUGAAUUGGAAUAUGAGCUUUUCAGGCAAUUUCUGGAAGCAAAGUCUAAAGGUGCCAAUAUGUCUCUGGCAGCUGAUAGCUGGCUGGCAUUUAUGGAUCGUCUUCUGAUGUUGCGAGAUGAUGAUGUGGAUGAGAUGCAUAGCUUGAAAGGGAAGAUGCUCCACCUGAUUGACAUCUACUAUGAUGCAUUAGAUGCACCUAAAAGCGGGAAGAAGGUUAGCAUCCCUUGUGAUCUGAAGGCAAACAAGUUCCCCCACUAUAUGGAAAAAGGGAACUCCUUCAGUUAUCAUUCAACUUCUAUUCUGGGUCAGAUUUAUGAUCAUGUCGACUCAUAUCCAGAUGAAGAUUUGUGUAUAACAGAGAUCUCUAAAUUGCCUUGCUUUGAAGUUGUAAUCCCUCAAACAUGCAUGGCAUUGUGGAGAGGAAGAUAUGAAGAGUACAAAAAGGAUAUGACAAGGGCCAUGAACUUAGGUUGUGAAGUCAGAAUCACCUCUUGCAAUGAAGUUAUAAAGAAGUACAAGAAGUUGCUCUAUGGUGCUGUGGAGUUUGAACAAACAGUAAGAAAGACUGAAGACAUUUUCGACGAGGCCCUUGCAAUAUAUCAUGUAACAUAUGAUUAUGCGAGGAUCACAUACAGCAUAGACAAAUGUGGUUUUGCUUGGAAAGUAGCUGGUUCUGCUCUUUGCAAGAUCCACGCACUGUAUAAGAAGGAAAAAGACUUGCCCAUUUUGCCAUCUGUUUUGCAGGAAAUACUGUAGACGUAUUGUAACUUAGUAGGAUACAAACAUUGAAGUGAAUGAAUACCUACUUAGCAUUGUA